UUUUAAGGUAUAAAAACCAGGGAGUGAAAUUCUGGAAAUGUCCACUUUCAAUUUGAAAGGGCUCUAACAAACCCAUAGGUUUUUUUUAACAUGGACUCUGAGUUUAAUCUCCAGGAUGUUGUACGAUGUCAUCUCUGUGAAGCUCCUGUACCCCCUUUGCACUGUGCAUUUUGCCGCAUGCAUCUGUGUUUUACCUGUAAGAAUGAACAUCUCUCUCAUAAAUCUGAAGAACAUCAAAUAGUGCCAUUUAACGAGCGCGGGAGACUUUAUCCUAAGUGUUCAAAACAUCCUACAAAUUUAUGUGACCUUUAUUGUAAACAAUGUGACGUUCCUUUUUGUUUUGAGUGUGUCUCCUCAGGUAAACAUUUAGAACAUACACAAGUUAACAUUUUGAAUGUACUAAAACAGAAGAAAAAAAUAAUACAAAGAGAUUUGAAAGAAUUUGAAAAUUCUAUUUAUCCUAAAUACAAAGAAAUUGCAUUUAACAUCCUAGUUCAAAAAGAUGGUCUAAAUGAAAAUGCCAUGAAAUUGACAAUAGCAAUUAACAAACACGGUGAAGCCUUGCACAGAGAAAUAGACAUCGCUAUUAAGAAGCUCCAAUCUGAUGUAGAUAAGAUGAAGUAUAAAUGCAUGGUUGAUUUACAAAAGCUAGAAGAUGAAAUUAACAACAGUAUUUCUGACAUCACUCAAACUAGUGCUAAAUUAACUCAGUUACUUAAUUCUAAUGAAGUCUUCUCCUAUAAACCCAGAAAUACCGAAUUUCAAACCAUACCCCCUAAAAUUGUUGUUUCUCUACCCAAGUUUAUUCCUCAAACAAUUAACAGGAAACAAAUUCAUCGACAGAUCGGUUCUCUGUCAGCGUCAUCUACAUUUUUCAUCACAGAAAUAAACACUGCGUAUGGAAAAACCAAUACUUUAUACAGUGUGGCAUGUCAAAAUGACCAAGAAGUUUGGACGCGUGGUCUAGACAGCAUGAUCAGACUAUACAACAUCCAUAGUAAACUAGUGAAAUCAAUCCAAACCAAGUCAGGGAACACGCCAUCAGACGUAGCAGUAACACAAGAUGGUGAACUAGUUUAUACUGAUUACGAGGACAAAACUGUAAACAUAGUGAAAAAUACACAGAUACAGAAGAUAAUCAAGUUAGGGAGUUGGAGACCGUGCAAUUUAUGUAGUACCUCCUCUGGAGGGCUCCUAGUUGCAAUAGUCAGUGAUGAUCAAAAACGAUCAAAAGUUGUACGUUACUCUGGCUCAACUAAAAAACAAACCAUUCAAUUUGAUGACAAAGGACAGCCUUUCUAUUCAUCUAAUGCUUCUCCUAAGUACAUAUGUGAGAACAAGAACCUAGAUAUCUGUGUAGCUGACAAUGAAGCCGGUGCAGUAGUGGUGGUCAAUCAGGCCGGGGAACUCCAGUUUAUAUACACAGGUCUUCCCUCAAAGACCGAGAAACCAUUUUUUCCAUUUGGUAUUGCUACAGACAGCCAGAGUCGAGUCUUAACAGCAGACUGUGACAACCACCGUAUCCACAUCUUGGAUCAAAUAGGCAAUUUCCUCCGCUACAUUGACAACUCCCAUUUAGUCAUGCCAUGUGGUUUAUGUGUGGACACUAAGGACAACCUCUUUGUGGCUGAGACAUCACAGGGUAAAGUGAUGAAAAUUCAAUGUAACUUGUAAUAAUUUGGGUGCUAAUAUAUAAGUGAACUUUCCAACAAAUUGACAAAUUGAUUGAGCUAAUACACAUCACCAACCUGAUUUACUAUACAUAAACCAAAAUUGAAGUUCUUAGUAAUACUUUUAUCUGUCUUGAUACAUAUGAGUCAAUGUAUACUAUAUUCAUAUACGUAUUACUACUACAAAUUAUAAAAAAAAAUGAACUGUUACUACUUGUAUGUUCCAAUUCAUAUAUACAGUGAAAUGAUUAUCAUCUAAUAGGGUCUAUUUUUAUCAGUAUUGUAUUUCAAAAAUCGGUAUGCAUGACUAAUAAAGAUGCCAUAGAAUUGUGAGACGAUACGGAAUCGUAUACAUGUUUGUUUACUAGAAAAGUGCAUGUGAAGAUACAGUUUAUGUAUUGAUAAAUGUACAUGACCAAGCAAUUUUGAUACACAUUCUCCAAGUUUUUUUUUUAAAUUUUAAUGCUGAUCUUUUUUUCUUUCUUAACGCAGUUCUUGUAAUUACAAUGUUAACAGAUGCCCUUUUCACAAACGCGCGAAAAAAGACAUCUCAACUUGGACACAUACAUGUAAAGAAUUUUUUUUUUAUUUGUAAAUUAAGUGUUUCCGGAUUCGUGUAUAAUAACAAGCAAUUGUAAAUCAAUUUUGUUUUAUUCAAUAAUAAAUUAUGGUUAGCACU